UUAUUACUUGUGAUGCUGAUACUGUGAAAGUAGCUCAACACGUUAAAGUCGGAUAUUGCAUUUUAAAACUAAUAAAUUUCCUUGAUAUACCAUGCAAGAUAAGCAUAAAACACGCCCUUGAAUUUUAG